AUGGCAAACCCCGAGACGGCGCCCGAUGGCGCAUCCCUCUCCGCCAUGGCCCAACCACCCCCUCAGAAGAUCGACCCCGUAUACUACACAUGGAGCAGUACCUUCAACAUAAUGCUCGGUCGCAUGACAGGUUCUCGAGACAUCGAACUAGAAAAGGGCUACUUCAGCGAAAUGGACAAGAUAAAAGCAGACUCGAUAUGCAAGCGGUGCGAGUCGAACAAGGAAUACCUAUUACAAUACAGUCCCGUUAUACGCUUCCUGUCAGAUGAAGUAUACAAAUUGGGAGGCGAUCUGAACAAGGACAAUAUACUGUGCCGCAUGUGCACAAAUGAGCAAUCGGGCGGUUUCUCCCUCGACCAUGGCAUCCUCCUCUGCGCCAACAAGUUCCGCAAUCGCGGACAUCAGGAAGACACCAUGGCGCACGAAAUGGUUCACGCGUGGGACCAUCUAAAGUUCAAAGUCGAAUCCGAGAACCUGCGACACCAGGCUUGCCUUGAGAUACGCGCUUCCACACUCAGCGGCGAAUGUCGUUUCUCUAGAGAGUUCUUCACGCGGAAUCAGUGGCGCAUCACCGAACAACUACAAUCGCGGUGGCAGCUCAAGCGAAGCGCGAGGCGUAUUCCCACCCUGUCAGUUGGUGCUCCGCCGCAAUGUUAUGAUGAGGCUGGACACAACCUGGACGCCUUGAAACACGCAGACUUUAUGGGUGUACACAACAUGGCUAGAAGUACCAGGACCCGUACCUCUCCACUCACCAGCCCCGAUAUCUCAAAUCUCGUCAUCCGCUCCAGACUCCAAUUUCAAACUCCUUCCAAAAUGCUACCACACACCCUAUUAUGUCUUCUCUUUGUCGCAACAUCCUCCGCGGCUUUUAUUCCACCACCACCACCGCGACCCAUCCCAAGACCUAUAACACCAGACGAACCCUUCUCGCCUAUUGUGCCCAAUGAACCCCAAGCACCGGCAGCAAGACCCAACCGGCCAGAACCAGAAGCACCAGAAACACCAGACGUACCUGACAACAACUCACAAGAUUCAAAUACAAACACGCCGGGGGGGUUAUUUGUCCCGUAUCCAACUAAAACGGCAACCUUGUCACCUGGACAUGCCUGGAAAUCUCUGGCUGAUUCGACGCCGACGGCAACUACUACAGCAGGAUCUGGCUCUUCUAGUACGGCCCGGGCAAGCAAAACGGUGAAGCACUCUGCUUCAUCGACAUCGAGUGUGACGGCGCCGGUAGAAGGAGAGGCAGCUAAAAUCGAGGGUAUGGGGAUGAAGCUGUGGGUGGGUGUGACUGGCUUUGUAAGCAGAUCAAUGAACAUGAUGUAUAAGAUUGAUGGACUGAUUGUUAGUAGACGAUUGUGUCAGCAAUGGCCGUCGUCUCUUAGGGACAUCAAAAGUGACCAAGACGGAGGCCAU